AUGCUACGUCACCAGACUCACCCCUAUGAUCGUUUAUCAGAAAUCCGCAUCGUGCUUCUGGGAUACCGAAGAGGUGGCAAGAGUGCAUCAGGCAGCACGAUCCUAAGUGGGCAACCACAGGUGUUUGAUGACGUGGGAAGAACAGCUGAGUGUGCGAAGAGCCAGGGCACCGUGCAGGGCAGGCAGGUCUCCGUGGUGGACACUCCGGGUUGGUGCAUGGACGCAUCCCUGGAGGACACCACCGAGUGGACGAAAAGAGAGAUUAUGUACAGUGUGUCGCUGUGUGCCCCAGGACCACACUGCUUCCUUCUUGUCAUAGCUUUAGACAAACCUUUCAUAUAUGUGUUCCUAAAUGCCAUAAGGCAACACUUGGAGCUGUUUGGAGAGAGAGUAUGGUGUUAUACUAUGGUGCUGUUCACCUGCGGAGACUGUCUCGAAGACAUGACCAUUGAGCAGUACAUAGAGAGUGAAGAAGAAGCCCUGCAGUGGGUUAUUGAGCAGUGUGGGAACAGAUACCACGUCCUCAACAACAAAGACAGGAGUAGUAAUGACACCCAGGUAGCAGAGCUGCUGGAGAAGAUCGAGGAGAUGGUGGCAGAGAAUACUAGUCAGAUGGAGGGAGGGCACUACAAGAUGGAAAGGGAGAGCUUUUCUGACAUGCUUCAAUGUAAGAGGGAAGCAGAGGAGAGAGCUGAGGAGAGGAGGAUGACGGUGCAGACACAGAGAGCAACCCUCAGAUCAUUGAUGAAUGAUCAGUCACAUCACACUGAGAUGAGCAUUGUGCUCCUGGGGGCCAAACUAGUGGGGAAGAGUUCCACAGGAAACACCAUCCUCGCGUCGGAGACAUUCGAAACAGGCGGCGGGACAGCACUGUGUUCAAGGGCACAGGAUGCAGUAGCAGGCAGGACCAUCACAGUGGUGGACACCCCUGGCUGGUGGACCAAUACAGCAUCCCUGGAGGAUUCCACCACCCUCACCAGGAGGGAGAUCGAGUUCAGUGCAUGCCUGUGUCCUCCAGGUCCCCUCGCGUUCCUGCUGGUGGUGAACCUAAACCAGCCAUUUGAGGAGUCAUGUCGCACAGCCGUUGGCCAGCACGUGGAGCUUCUAGGUGACAGUGUGUGCAGUCACAGCCUGGUGGUGUUCACCUAUGGGGAGUGCUUGGGCCAGGCCGCAGUGGAGCUCCACAUCGAACACGAGGGGGAGGCCCUGCAGUGGCUGGUGGAGAAAUGUGGCAACAGAUACCACGUCAUCAACAACAUAGACGAAGAUGAAGAUGAGGACGACAGCACUCAGGUCGCAGUCACACAGCUGCUGGAGAGGAUCGAGGAGAUGAUGGCAGGGAAUGGCGGGCGGUUCUACAAGAUGGACAGACGCAAACAGCAGGAGAUUACGCAGAGACGGAAGGAGCAGGAGGAGAGGGCGGAAGAGAGGAUGAGAAAAGUGCAGAAACGGAGAGAGAUGCUCAGAUCUCAAAUAGGUGAGGAGAGUCAUCUGUCACCGUUGAGGAUGGUUCUUCUGGGUGCCACAAUGUCUGGGAAGAGCUCAUCGGCAAACCUAAUACUGGGCCAGGAUGCUUUUGAGGCAGAGGGGGGAACCGCUCUCUGCUCUGCAGCCCAGGGAACCGUGACAGCAGGCAGGCAGGUAACCGUGGUGGACACCCCCGGCUGGUUCACCACCGUCUCCCUGCAGGACUCCCCGACUCUCAUCAGGAGGGAGCUGGUCUUCAGCGCCUCCCUUUGUCCUCCAGGGCCUCACGCUGUCCUCCUGGUGGUGAGACUGGGUGACCCGGUGGGGCGGGAGGUGAGCGAGGCUGCCCGGCAGCACUUGGACCUCCUGGGGGAGGGGGUGUGGGACCACACGCUGGUGCUGUUCACCUGUGAGGACAGCCUGGGGGACGCCACUGUGGAGCAGCUCAUGGAGUGUGAGGGAGGGGACUUGGUGUCGCUUGUUGAGAGAUGCGGAAACCAGUACCAUGUUCUCAACAUCAUGGACAACGAUGACGACGCUCAGGUGAUUGAGCUGCUUGAGAAGGUUGAGGAGAUGGCGACGGCCCACGGAUGUUAUGAGAUGGACAGAGAGAGGAUUCGCAAGGUCACGGAGAGACGGAGGACGGAUGAGGCGAGGGCAGAGGAGAGGAGGAUGAAGACGCAGAUGCAGAGAGAGGCGCUUCGUUCAUAA